AUGGUGUGUAGUGCUGGUCUGCUAGUGGUCGUGUUGGAUUGUGCCGGGCAGCUCACUCAACGAUUUCCGCAUUUGGCCAAAGCUACUUUGGACGCACUGAGUGAUUUUCUACUUGAUCCAUCUCCCACAUUAAGCCGAUUAAAUCGACAACUUCGUCGAUUGGAUAAGUCCCGACAGGAAAUUAUUCAUUCCCUGACAGCACAACGAGGCACCCAUAGUGAUCCAUACUUAUAUGGACUUCCGUCCCAGUUCGCGGAAUUGGCUCGUAUCGAACGCCACGUGGUUUACUAUCAACGUGUUUUGGAUCAUGUACGGGGUGCAGCAAUUCAGAGCCUGUGUCGCGUUCUUUUGGUCAAUAACGGUCUGAUCGAAACAUUCCUUGCUGAUUUGUCACGACGAAUUUUCAAUGCAGCCGAAGGUGGAAGGGACACGAAUUUGAUGUAUCUGAACACAGUCUAUUGUUUGGGGCAUAUGGGCGUGGAAUUGGCCGAUGUACCACAUACACAGGAAUUGGUGCUACAAUUUCUUCAACAAAACCUGAACCCAUCCAAACUGUUGCCCGAGUUGGAGGUGUCCACACUGGAACAGUUGGGUUGCAUGGUGAUUGCUGGAUGCGUUAGUACAAGCAUGCUCCCGGUAACCCAAGAGCAUUCUCCAGGUUGUGUACCUGCUUCAGUACAAUUCUGUGAUCAAAUGCUUAUUACGUUUGCCGUCAAUCGCUUUUAA